AGCGCUGAGAGCAUUUGCGCAGAUAGUGUGCGCUGCCUUCGACAGACGCGCAGCAUCUCAGCCGGGGAACUUUGUUGUUGUUGUUCUUGCUCUUGUUGUUGUUGUUGUUGUGUUCUGUCUCGCAGUCCGCCUGCAAAGUGUCUGCGAGGAGCACGGCGACCGACCGCGGCUUACCGGACCAGUGUCAGCACCAGGGAUUCAACCAUGGUGAUCAAAGUGUACAUAGCAUCGUCCUCUGGAUCCACUUCGAUUAAAAAGCAGCAGCAGGACGUGAUGGGCUUCCUGGCGGCCAAUAAGAUCGAAUUCGAGGAGUGUGACAUCGCGGCCAACGAGGCCAACAGGAAGUGGAUGAGAGAGAACGUUCCGGAGGAGUCCAGGCCGGCCACGGGGAACCCUCUCCCGCCACAGAUAUUUAACGAAAGCAAAUACUGCGGGAACUACGAGGCCUUCUUCGAUGCCAGAGAGGACAACGCUGUUUAUGCAUUUCUGGGUCUGACUGCUCCCCCAGGCUCCAAGGAGGCCGAGGCUCUAGCGAAGAAUGCACAGCAGUAGCAGCUUUACAUCGUUUCUACCUGAGACCUCAGGCCUAGUCCUAAACCCAGACCUGGACCCAGACUGACCUGGAACUGAUCCAG